AUUUCCUCCUUAACAAUUUACAACACACACACAUAUAUACAACAAUACAAACACAGUACUCUCACAUAUACAUUAAUGUAACUAUAUAUAUACCGAGGUCUUGUUGCUGUUUCUGAUAUCAAAGCCAUUAGUUUUGUGUUUAACUUUUACCCUUCUUUUUCUGUUUCUCUCCCUGGUUGGGAUAACAUGCCAGACACAAAGAUAUUUCAGUUGUUGCCUGAUGACAAAGAUAUCGUAGCCAUUCACAGUACCGAUAGUCUCCUAGUUCCAUCAAACCCCCAGCCUCCAGAAUCAUCAUUAUCUCCAAGUCUUAAAGAAAAUAAAUCUAGAAGUGAUGGAAACAACCAACAACAAGAUCGGGAUCAAGAUCAAGAACAAGAAAAGCUCCAGUAUGAAUCAAGAAGCAAACGAAAAUGGGAAUAUAAUGAUGAAACUUCUCGGGUAGAGAUUCUAGAGACGCCGAGGUAUUCAAACAUAAGGUGUUAUUGUCCUCCUCGGCCGCCUAGAAAGCCAAAAGCUUCUCCGGCCGUGAAAAGAAGAGACAUGUGGUUAAAGAGAUCUGUGGUUUUCUUGGAUGUAGCAAGAGAGGUCGAAUCUAUGUUUCCUCCGUCUGUUAUUCAAGAUUUCGGUAAAAAAAUCAAGAAAGCUAGAUAUUGAUCAAUUUUCAUUAGAUAUUCUAUAUAUAUCCAUAGCUUGAUAUUUUUUUCUGUUUGCGUUACCUAUAAGCUUAUAUGCUAUAUUGCUGUGUAACAAAACCACACAAAAACCAAAGUGUAAUGUUGUUGUUAACUUAUAUGGAAUCAAACUCCGUUGGUUUUUGAAGAC